AUGUUUGCUGUACAGCAUGAUGUACCAACGUCAUUUUCUGAUCAACUCUCUCCUGAAGAAAUUGCUGAAUAUAAAGAAGCUUUUCAAUUAUUCGAUACAGACGGUGAUGGUAGUAUCACUGCUAAAGAAUUAGGCACUGUUUUACGUAAAUUUGGCAUGAAUCCUAGUGAAGCAGAGCUCCAAGAUAUGGUUAACGAUGUGGAUGCCGAUGGCAAUGGCAAUAUUGACUUUUCUGAAUUCUUGGGUCUUGUUAAACAUAUGAAGAAUGGCAACGAAGGUGAUGAUCUUCGAGAAGCCUUCAAGGUUUUCGAUGUUGAUGGUAAUGGGUUGAUUGACCGCGAAGAGCUUCGUAAAGUGAUGGCCUCUUUAAAUGAAUCUUUAUCAGAAGAAGAACUUGAAGCAAUGAUCAAGGAAGCUGACACUAAUGGUGAUGGUCAGAUUAGUUUUGAAGAAUUCAAAAUCAUGAUGGGAGCCUAGAGUCUCCUCCUCAUUUGUACACUAUAACCAUUUUAUCAUAUGACCAUGUGUUGUUUUUCUACUAAAAAUAUAUAAAUACACCUUCUCCUAAAACAAUAUUAUCAAUCUAGAUCAAGCUAGAACGGUGUAGUUUCUAAAGAACUUAUUACUACCCAAAUUGCUUAAAUGAUAGACAACUACCAAUAACAAAAGCUUUUUAUGGCAUAUGAUUGGAAGAGACCUUUAUUCCCAACUUCUUUCUGUGGUGUAAAGUAAUUGUACAGCGCCGCCAACGCCAAUUGACGGAUUUUUUAAAUAAAGGCGGAAAUUGCUC